AUGGGAUCAGGGUCUGGGAAUCACUACCAACAAGAGGUAUUGUCUGGCCGCGCUGACUACGUGCAGACCACCGAAUCUAGCACUGUGACGGGGCGAGCUUGGAAGGGGUGGGCACAAAUAGAGUAUCCAGCCAGCGGCAAGACUGAGCAGAAAAAUCGUCAAAAGAAGACACAUAGCAGAGACUCUAUGACUGCGAACAAGGUUAAUCUUGGCGAAAUGACACAUACCAAGAAGGCUAUGUGGACGUCCCAAGACCCCGAGGCCAGUAAACAAAACUGUUCCAUGUCGAUCCAUGAUCUGCUUGCUGCUCACUCUCAUCGGACCUUUCUGGAGAGACAUUCAAUGUGCUCAGCCACUCCGUCCAAGACAUUUAACUCAUUCGAAUCCAAGAGAGAGAAAAACAUUCUGAGCGGCAGAGACCAUUGGCGCUCAAGCCAAGAAACCGGCAAUUGUAUAAAACCCUCAAAUGGACCAGACGGGCACUUCACAUUUCAUGAUGCACCGGCGUAUUGCUUACGCUCACUUCUGUCAUUAGCCAAGCCUAAAAGCAUAACCCUAAACGGAGAUGCAUCACCUAAAGAGACUUCAGUCUUUCUUCAGUAUGACGCCCACCCCGGGCACACAUCACACGCCAAUUCAAACGCCCGUAUCCAAUCAAACCACCCCGAUGCCUCUACAAAGACUACGGAGUACGGAUACGCAGGGAAGACUAUCAAGCUCACAUGUUUCUUUGUCGGUCGGCCUCUCAUUCUCUAUCGCAAAUCCUGUCAAUCCUCACUGGACGGGGAAUUAACCAUAAUCUUAGCCACAAGCAAUAAGAAGAAGACUAAAAAAGCUGAUCUAACCGCAAACCCAGGCCUCUCUUCGCAGCCGCACCGCAAACCCCUGCCCUGCCGCGGCGCCGCCCCCUCUCCGAACUCCCUCAUCCUUCUAGGCAAAAACAAGGUCGCGGGCUACCUUAGUGUUCCAGGCAGACAGGCACGCCGGGCUCAGGUCGGAAGACUACACUAUGCAAACCGUGCUUUAGCGAAGCGGAUCACGAAAGGCGGCCGCACAUUGCCAAGCAAAUCGGAGUCCUUCCCUUUCUCGCUCGUCAAGUACUCCAUUCUUGGUAUGGUCGAGAACCACUGA